AACGUUGCUUUAUUUAUGCGAUAGAAACUGGUUCUCUUAUUGAUAGCUGACCGAUUUGGCUAUCGCUAUAUUUCAUUUGCAAACGGGUAUUUAAACUUGCAGUCACCGAUACUUACUUGCAUUUCUUCUUUGGUUUAGCAGGAAAAUGAAGCUUCUACAAGUGCAUUUCGUUUUACUUGUUUCAACUUUUUUCCUGCUUGAGUAUACAGGCAUGGUAACUGGAGCGAUACUUUCUAGACCCCAAGUGGUCUUCGUCGAGGACGCGUGCAGGGAAAAUGAAAUUUUCAGCCAAUGUCAGGCAAGUCCGAAUUGCGAAAAGAGUUGCGACAAUAUCGAUAUCUGGGAAUCCGUGCCUUGUAUCCAGACUAAAAGUUGCGUAAGUGGUUGCAUUUGUGAAGACGGAUACGUACGCGACAAGAAUCAAGGAGUUUGCAUUUUGGAAAAUAGCUGUCCUCGAGUUAGGCAUUGAUUUCAUAUGAAGCCGAGUUGUAUCAUUUGCUGUCAUUCAAUACAAAUAUCUGGUAUGUUCUCGUAUAUUAAAAGAUAUUAGAUAAAUAUUAUAAAACCA